CCAUCGAAUUCCGCGUCAUAGCUGGCAGCUGGCAGUCAUGGACACAACGUUGAAUGGAUCACAUCGCCUGAUCGCGUUUUUAAUCGCGCUGCUCGGUUACUGUUGCUGCCUGAGUGCAGGUCAGCUCACGUUGCCAAACGAUGUGGCAAACUUUAAGGAUCUGAACGUGCUGGGAGCACACUAUCUGCCGGCGGGCUAUGCCCAAUCGAAUAUCACCUAUGCGGACUUACAACGCCUGUUGAAGCAAAAAUGCCAGAAGGCGAAUUCGGCGCUGCCUGAAGGCGAAGUCGAUGCGGCAAAGUUGAGUGGCAAUAUUGAGCAGGCAUCAAUAAAUUUGGUGAAGUGCGUUGGUGACCUGGUCAACAUCUCAGCCGUGAUGGAUGAAGUGGAACUGGCGAAGCCAAAGGGUGAUCUCGAUGUUGUCUUUGAGAAAUACUGCCUGCGUCUGCCUAAUAUGACCAACUGCCUGACUGAGUUCAAUUCUGCGCUCUUGCCCUGCAUGACGCGGGAGGAGCGCAAUCAUAAUUCCAUGAUGAUGCGCAUCUUGGGCAAACUGCUAGACUUUGUCUGCUACAAGAAUGGCGAUCAGAUUGCACUCUUCAUUGCCGAACAGGGACCCGAGUGCCUCGAUCAGCACAAGGGCAAUGUCAGCACCUGCCUACAGAAUACCUUUGGACACUAUCUGCCCAGCCAGCUGAAUGUUUCGCAGCUGGUUCUGCCCGAUCUGCUGCUCGGACCGCGUCAGUGUGUCGAGCUGCAUGACUUUGAGACAUGUGUGUUGCGCCACCUGGAGACGUGCGACAACAUUACGCCCAGCAACAUUGUCGAGUCCAUGUUCCGCUAUGUGCGCCGACAGUCCGACUGCCAGCAGACCAUUAAUCGCGAGAUCAGAGAUCACAGUGAGGCCCUCGGUCUGAGAGCGGGCGCAGCUUCCUGCAGUUGGAGUUCAGCGACAACAGCGGCACUCCUCCUGCCUCUAGCAUUACUGCUUCGCUCGAAUUAGUUUUAAGCGAUUUAAUCUAUACUCUUAGUUGCAGUCAGCGCACGUACACACGCACUAGAGAAAUACACACAUACAUAUUCAUAUUUUUUUUUUUUAUCAAAAAUAAUUAAUAAACAUUGAAAUUAUCCAAGUUGCAACUUUUAUGUACAAUUUGGUAUUCAA